AGCUACACAUUUCCUGUUAUAAGAUUAUUUGCAAUUUCGGGAUGUGGGUAUGUUUUAUGUUAUUGAAGUUUAACGUGCAUAUUCCCUGUAUAAACUGCUAAUAAUUUAAAGUGUAUAUUUGAUCAAUUUUGCUAUUAUAUGUAUAAUUUAAAUGUGAUUGUGCGAGUCGUAGAUUUAUUAUUCCCAAUGUCUUAAGUUUUGGGUUUAAUGGCUUAGUUAAGAUAAACGACUCACAAUUUGAAGUGCCUCACUGUAUUUAUUGAAUUUAACCAAUAACCAUUGCAUUGAGGUUUUUUUGGGUUUAAACUUUUCUUGUGGGUGAAACGAGGUAAUUUUUGAUAACUAAUUAUUAUUAAUAUUUGGGUUUUUUAGAAACAUAAUUUUGUUGUUGUUUUAUAAUAAUGUCGGACACUGAACAGAUUAAGGUUUUAAAACGUAAACGUGGUUCAGUUAAGCAUAAAUUGACCUGUUUUAUUAAUUAUUUUGACCCGAUUAAUAAAAGUUUUGAGCGGGAUUCCUCUUCGAUUACAGAUAAAGUUUUGAAUGAGUUAAAAAUUAGACUUAGUAACUUUGAGAUAAUUUUAGAGGAAUUUGAGGGUUAUCAAGUUGACAUUGAGAGUUUAUGUGAAGAGGAGGCCUUAGAUGAGAAUUAUAAAGAACGCGAAGAUUUUAUGAAUUUAUUUUCGAAAUAUUUAUAGGAUUCAAAGUUUAUCUUAGUCAACAUUUUCGAGUGAAGAACGUAGUAAUAGUUCUAGCUCUAAAGCACAUAGUGCAGUUAACCAACGAAGUGUUAAUCAUUUAUCUAAGAGUAGGGAGCCCGAGUUAAGGCUACCGCCAAUAAAUUUACCUGUUUUUAAUUCUGAUAUGAAUAAUUGGCUUGAAUUUAAAGAUACUUUUCAGUCUUUAAUUAAUACUAAUGAUAAUUUGACAGAUAUUCAGAAAUAUCAUUAUUUACGGUCAAGUGUGCUUUGAUAAUUCUCGCAUGUUAAAGGAUAAUCAUAUUAAAGCCCUAUUUAAUAUUGAGACAGUAGCCAGGGAAUCUGCCGAAGCUUUGCGUGAUUUAUUGGAUCAUGUAAACAAGCAUAUGAGAGCAUUGACAGCCUUGUCUCUCCCGUCUCUCCCAACUGGGCAUUGGGAUGCUUUAGUUGUUUAUGUUAUUGUCAUAAAGUUAGAUAAAGUUACCACCCGAGAGUGGGAAAGACAUAAACUUUCAAAGAACCUAGAGCCAACAUUGGAGGAUUUAAAAUCCUUCUUAAAGGACAGAGCAGAUUUCUUAGCCCUGUUAGAUUCUAAACAACCCACACAGGUUCGUAAAGGCGGUAGAUUUACUCUUUUUUCUCGAGAGGAGACUCACACAUGUAAUGUUUGUGAUAAAAACCAUUCAAUAUUUAAUUGUGAAGAGUUUUUAAAUUUGGGUGUAUCACACAGAUGGGAUAAAAUUAAGCAACUAAAGUUGUGCUGUAAUUGUUUAUUAAAAGGUCAUUUUGCCCCAAGGUGCCGGAAUAAAGGUACUUGUAAAAGUUGUAAAGGGAGGCAUCAUGUAUUACUACAUGAUCCUAAUUAUCAAAGGCAAAAGGUAAAUGAGGAAAAUAAUUUGGGAAUAGAUCCAGAAAAUAAUUCAAGGAUGAACUCUAUUAGUCGCUCAGAAACUUACAAGGCUUUAUCUUGUUCUAAUAAGAGCACCAAUGAUGUUUUAUUGAGCACUGCUCUGAUAAAGGUUCAGGAUAAUAAAGGUAAUAUGGAUAAAGUUAAAGCUGUUUUAGACUCAGGGAGUCAAUCAUGUUUCAUAUCUGAAGAAUUAUGUCAGAAACUUGGACUGAUAACAACAGAGGCAAAUAUAAAUAUUUCUGGGAUUACUAAUUCAGUUACACCUAUUAGGUUGAAGUGUCACUUAUCCAUUUUUUCCUGUACGAGUGAUUUCAGUUCAAAUAUUUCGUGUUAUGUUUUAAAGAGGAUUACUGACAAUUUACCAAUUUUCGAUUUUAAUGUUACUAAGUGGCAAAUUCCGUCUAAUGUUAUUCUAGCUGAUCCAGAUUUUAAUGUUUCAAGCAAAAUUGAUUUGCUUAUUGGUGCAGAACUGUUUUGGGAUCUGCUCACUAAUGGAAGAUUUAACCUUGGUAAAGGUAUGCCCAUACUCCAAAAUACAGUUUUCGGGCACAUUGUUUCUGGACAUAUACCUGUUGCUGCACUAAAUACUCAAUGCUAUUUGGUAAAUUCUCAGAAAAUACACGAAUGUUUAGAACGGUUUUGGUAUACGGAGGAGGUAUGUCACAAUCAUUUAAAUUCUGAGGAUGAUAAAUUAUGUGAAGAACACUUUGUUAAUACUGUUUCUAGAGCUGCAAAUGGUCAGUUCGUCGUGAGAUUACCCUUAAAAAUGUCAGUUAAUGAAUUAGGAGAUUCCAAAAAUUUGGCUCUCAAGCGAUUAUUGAAUUUAGAAAAUAGAUUUAGUAGUAAUUUCGAGUUUAAAGAGAUGUAUCAUUCUUUUUUAAAGGAAUAUCACGAAUUAGGACAUAUGAGUUUAUUACGUAACAUAGAUGAGUCAAAAAUAUCUUAUUAUUUACCCCAUCAUGGAGUCCUUAAAUAUGAUAGCAUAACAACUAAAUUGAGAACCGUGUUUGACGGUUCAGCUGUGACAAGCUCUGGAAAAUCAUUAAAUGAUAUUCAAUUUAAAGGAGCAAUACUCCAAAACGAUAUUUCAGAUAUUUUGUUACGAUUCAGAAUGCAUCCUGUCGUAGUUACUGCUGACAUAGCUAAAAUGUAUAGAUGCAUCCUGGUACAUCCUGAUGAUAGAUAUUUACAGAGAAUACUCUGGCGUACAUCUCCUUCAGAUCCUAUUUCUGUAUAUGAAUUGAACACUGUCACUUAUGGCACAAUAAGUGCACCAUUUUUGGCCAUAAGAUGCUUAAAGCAAUUGGCAACUAAUUUUUUGAAUAAAUAUCCUAUUGCUUGUAGAAUAAUUUCUCAAAAUGUUUACGUCGAUGAUUUAUUAACCGGAUUUGAGAAUGAAGAAGAAGCUUUUGAUAUUUGUAAAGAUAUCUUUGAUAUUUUAAAUUCUGCCUUUUUUGUUUUGAGAAAAUGGAACUCAAAUAAUAAUGAUUUUUUACUUAAAAUUAGCACAAUUUUUGAUUCAAAUGAUUCCUUUAGUACUCUAAACCUAGAAAAAGAUGAACAAAUUAAAACUUUAGGGAUUCAGUAUAUUAGUAAAACAGAUAUAUUAACUGAUCAAAUUAAUAUAAACAUGUUGAAUGAUACAAUAGUCACCAAGCGAGUAAUUUUGUCUCAAAUUUCCAAGUUAUAUGAUCCACUUGGUUUAGUAAGUCCUUGUAUCAUUUUAGCAAAAAUAUUAAUUCAAAAAUUAUGGCUUUUAAAAAUAGGUUGGGACUCAACUAUUCCCUUUGAUUUGGAAAAGGAUUGGCUAGAAAUUAAAAUUGAUUUGGUUAAUUUAAAUAGACUUGAAGUUAAAAGACAUGCAAUUAUUAAGGAUGCAAAGAAAAUUGAGUUGCAUGGAUUCUCGGAUGCAUCUGAACACGCAUAUUCUGCUGCUAUAUAUCUAAGAAGUGAAGAUGACACCGGGAAGGUUCAAGUUUCAUUAUUAUGCUCAAAAACGAAAGUUUCACCUUUAAAGGUUUUAACCAUUCCACGUUUAGAACUUUGUGGCGCGCUUUUAUUGGCCAGAUUAAUCAAGGUUGUGUCUGAGGCCAUUUCUUGUAAUUUUGACAUGUAUUUGUGGUGUGAUUCCCAAAUUGUUCUACAUUGGUUGCAUAAACAGCCACAUACAUUACAAGUCUUUGUAGGCCAUCGCGUCUCAGAAAUACAAAGUUUGACAGAUGUUAGUCGGUGGAGUUAUGUUAGUACUAAGGAAAAUCCACAGCAGAUAUUGCGUCUAGAGGCAUUCUUCCAAGUGAUUUAUUACAUUGUUCAAUGUGGUGGAACGGCCCUUCAUUUCUUUAUGGUAUAUGUAAAUGGCCAAUUCAUUUCGACCUAUCGAAAUCAAUUCAAUUGCCUGAAUUAAGAUCGCAAAUUUCGUGCAAUGUGUCUAACAACUUGUUAAAUAUCUUUAAUAGAUAUUCAAACUUGGACAAAUUAAUUCGGGUAUGGUCUUAUUGUCUUCGUUUUAUCUUUAAUUUGCGUAAUAAAAUAAGACGCUAUGGUCUUUUAACGACUAAUGAAUUGGACUGUAGCUUAAAAAGUUUAGUAAGGAUAGCUCAAUAUGAAAGUUUUGAAAAUGAGAUUAAUAUUUUAGAUUUAAACAAAGGUUUAAAAUCGAAGCAUAGACUGUUAAGCUUGACACCAUUUUUAGAUGUUGAUGGUUUACUUAGAGUGGGAGGACGGUUAAAACAUUCCUUUAUUAGAUUCGAGACGAAACAUCCAUUACUACUCGACAGUAAACAUAUUUUAAGCAAACUGAUUUUUCAAAGUGAGCAUGUAAGACUUUUUCACGCAGGACCUCAAUUACUUUUAGCAACUGUCCGGCAAAGGUUUUGGGUUACAUCCGGGAUGGUUCUGGCUAAAUCUAUUGUAAAAAACUAUAUAAAGUGUUUUCGUUAUAAACCUAAACCUGCAAACACAAUCAUGGCGGAUUUACCUUAUUUCAGAGUAAAUGCUUCAAGUCCUUUUACCAUAACAGGUGUCGACUAUGCAGGACCUUUUUUAUUAAAAGAUAGAAAGGGUCGGGGUUGCAAAACCUACAAAGCUUAUUUGUGUUUAUUUAUCUGCUUUGCCACUAAAGCAGUGCAUUUGGAAUUAGUAACUAGCUUAGAUUCGGAAUCUUUUAUAGCCACUUUAAGACGUUUUUGUUCACGUAGAGGAAUUCCGUCUCAUAUGUAUUCGGAUAACGGAUCCAAUUUUGUUGGAGCCCAGAAACAAUUAAAACUAUUAUUUGAAUUUUUGUUGAACUCAAAGGAAGAGUUGUUUAACUAUUGUAGCAGUAAAAAUAUUGUGUGGCAUUUCAUUCCACCCAACUCACCAAAUUUUGGGGGACUUUGGGAAUCUAAUAUAAAGGGGGUAAAAUAUCAUUUAUAUCGUGUUAUCGGUGAAACAAUUCUCACUUAUGAGGAAUUCAACACAUUUCUUGUUAAAGUCGAGGCUACACUAAAUUCCCGUCCAUUAUACCCUAUGUCAUGUGAUCCCAAUGAUAUUGAACCUCUUACUCCAUCUCACUUUUUGUGCUAGUACUGCUCAUCAGGCCAUUACAUCUAUCAGUUUCUUUUCGAGCGUCAGACGCUUGCGUCAAACGCUGGCGGUUACAAACCCUACGGCUCUACUCAUUACGAAGCAGUCAAGCGAAAGCCGCGUCUUGUGAAAGUCGAGUUUUGUACCAUGUCCUAAGUUUUAUUUACUGCAGAGGAAGAUGAAAUAUUGGUGGAAUGGGUUGAAAAAUACCCUUGUCUUUACGAUUUACAACUGUCCUCCUAUAAGGAUCAAAGAACAAAGGAUUCAGCCUGGAAGGAGAUCGCAGAAAUCGUUAAAAAAUCAGAAACAGACUGUCGUAAAAGAUAGAAGAAUAUCAAAGACACCUAUCAAAAAAAAAAAAAGGAGCGGGAACUGGUUCUUCAGCUGAUGGAAAACAAAAAUGGUUCCUAGCAGGAAUGUUAAGGUUUUUGGAAAAAGCUGAAUAUAAACGGCAGAGCAAAUCUAAUAUAGUAGAACAAGCAGACUAUGCUGCACCUGUACAAGAAACAGAUGACAGUGACAUAGAGCCAUUCGAAGAAAGCAAUGUCUUAUGCUUAAUGUGGAUCCGACUCUGGUGCAGCAGCGAGCUCAAAUCGUGAACCCAACUCUGCUGCAGCAUCAUGCGCGAACCGAGAAUCUAAUUCUAGUGCAGGGUCAAGUUAAAAUCGUCAAUUACGUGAAACGCAAAUGAACAAGCGAAAAAAAAAUCAAAUAACUGAGAUGAUGAAAGAGAGACAAAAAGAUCGCAGCAAAAUGUUGCAAAUGAUAUCCAACGAUGAAAGCGAUGAUUUUUUAAAAGUAUCGCAGCAUCGGUUAAAAAAUUACCAACAAAAAAUAAUAAAUUAAGUAAAAAUGAAAACUUUGCAACUCGUUUGUGAGUUAGAGAGCCGAGCCAAAAGUACAACUUCCACACCUUUCAUUUCUCCAGGAAGUCAGUCAACAUCUUCUGAGUUUCCCAUGUUUAUUCACUCCCUCCACAAGUUAAUAGAGUUUUCGAACCUUUUAAUAAUAUAAACAGUUCAGAAAAUGAAGAAAAUGCAGAAAUGCCAACUUUGAUUUCGCAAGAAUUGUAACGGAUGUU